GCGUGACGCCCAGAGACUCAGGGAGGAGAUCUUGAUCAUGAGGAAGCUGGAUCAUCCGAACACCGUGCUUCUCUAUGAGACCUUUGAGGAUGAGAAGAACGUGUUCCUCGUGAUGGAGCUUUGUUCCGGCGGUGAAAUGCUAGGCUUCAUCUUGGAGAGUGGCCGCCACACAGAGUCCCAGGCUGCGAUUGUCAUGCAGCAGGUGUUCCAGGCGGUCGUCUACCUGCACUCAGUUGGCAUCUGCCACCGUGACAUCAAGCAUAGCAACACCCUCUUGCUGAGUCAAGCCCAGCUUGAGGACAACGUGGUGAAGCUCGUGGACUUCGGAUUGGCGUGCUGUUUUACCCGUGGGGAACCCAUGCGACAGUGCGCUGGCACUGCAAUCUACGUGGCACCCCAGGUGCUUGAAUGCAAGUACGACCACUCUAUCGACCUUUGGAGCUGUGGUGUGCUGCUCUACAUCUUGCUGUGCGGCUAUCCCCCCUUCCGCGGCGACACGGACGCCGCAGUCAUGAAUGCCAUACGAAG